AUGGGCCUCCCUCCACUCGAGAAACCCUCGUGGAGGCGACCGACGCACUCACAGGGCGGCUUGAACCACCCUUCCGCGCCGGCCAAGCGUCUUGGGAGAGGUCGGAGUAUCUUCGUCUUCCUCCUCCUCCUCUUCCGCUUCUUCUUCCGCAUGGCAUCACGCUCCUGGGCGGUUGGAGGCAAUCUCUUCCGGCAACAACGGAGGGCGGAGGGAGCGACGCUCACAACAACGAGCUGAGCGACGGGCGAUAAAAACACAGCGAGGAUCUGACACAUCAACAACAACAACAUGCAGAACGACACCGGCGAGUUCGUCGACCUGUACGUCCCGCGGAAAUGCUCAGCCAGCAACCGCAUCAUCGCUGCCAAAGACCACGCUUCUGUACAGAUGAACAUCGCGGAGGUCGACCCUAGCACCGGCCGUUUUAAUGGCCAGUACAAGACCUACGCCAUCUGCGGACCCAUCCGGAGGAUGGGCGAGUCUGACGAUUGCAUCCUGCGGCUGGCAAAGGACGACUCCAUCGUCUCAAAGACCUUUUGAGACGAAGACGUCGGGCUGAGAAAAUGUGUCGCAAAAUAAAACGAACGUUUUAGAAGUGAAAA